AAACACGUGGAGCGCCAAGUGUAAUGACUUAUGAAGCCGAAUUAACCUUACACCUUCUGUCUUCUCCCUGCGUGGCUGUUAAUCGGGAUACCCUGUGAUCCUCAUUGUUAUAUAAGCCAAAUUCGAAUCUUCUCUUUCUUUGGGUGUUUCCGGUGUUGUCGCAUUCAGUUCCGUCUACACCGCAUUAUCUUUGCCGCCAUCCCAAUCCUCCGCCACUAUACCAAGCCUCGACCUGGUUCUGCUGAACAUUUGGAGUACAACAUAAUGUCUUCUUAUUUUUCUUCCCUCACGUCCUCUUCGGCGAUCUCAAAUCUCGGUACCCGUCUCACGUCCCUUCGUCGAGCAAUCACUUUAGGCGACGAAGCAGACGACCCGGACCACGAGGACUGCUCUCACAUCUCCAACGUUCUGCGCGCGUACUAUACCGAGAAAGGUCGUCCGCUUCCCACCUGGCUUCCACCUAACCCCAAAGCUCCAACUCCUUCUCCUGCACGAACUAUUGCAACAACUCAAAUACAACCUAGUGCCCAUGGCUCGGCCCCUGCAACGGCGAUGUAUGGACGUGGUAGUGGUGGUGGAUUGGGUGAUCUGUGGGGUGACUCAGGCUCGGCACAACCUCCUGCUUCCCAGACAUCUAGCUUGCGGCGAGGACGGGGAACCCCUGGCAGCAUGGGUGCGCCGUUGGCCGCCACCAGCAGUGCGCCUCCGGGAUCAAUAGCAACACCGCCAAGUCACUCCCCUACACCACCAUCGCUGCACCCGGGCGGAGGGCGACCACUGCCCAGUCAGCGAGGUGGAUCAUAUCAAUCAGUUUCGGGGCCAAUGACGGGUUCUCAGCCCCUAGAACGGGCAGCUUCGGCCCAAGAAAGGCUUCGGGCUAGGUUACAUGGAGGUCGGUCGCCUAGUCCUGGGCAGAACCUGAAUAGUCGGCCAGUUUCACCAUACUAUGGAGGAUCGGAUCCUACCGCACGAAAACCCGUUGGGGGAAGAAUGCGAUGAAAAGGCCCACUAGUGGUCUCUUUCAUAGGAAGAGGAAGGAGAGAAAGCCGAGGAUCGAUCAUCCCGCCGAGAAGGAGACAGACACUGCUGGCUAGUGUUUGUGGUCUCACUUGAGGAUAGGAUACUCUCUCUCUUUUCUCUUUAUAUUAUUUUUCUUUUCUUAACUAAUACAUAUAAUUUAGUGCUACUCAUCUAUGUAUAGUACAGAGAAUUUUAGUACCUUGCCUGAUGUAAUUGAUAUUGUGUAAAUAUAUAGGGCAAAUGAAUAAAAAUAUAUUGGUA